AUUGCAAAUUCGACACUUCGUGUCUCAUCCUCGCAAUCGAAAAAGUUGGCAGUUCGCCUAGGAAACGUGUUAUUAUUUAUAGUGGUAUAGGAUAUUCCCCACACAAUUGGUACGAGAUAUAUGAAAAUUCAAAUGUGGCAAAAAAGCGGAAUCCGCCACAUUCGAAUGUGGUCAAAAAUUCAGAAUUGGCACGUCGUUAUCCUGAUGAUAGUUCGCAUGUGUCCUGA